AUGAGUCACUGGCCGGGAGAUGACUCACUGGCCGAGGAGGAUGAGUCACUGGCCGGGGAGGAUGAGUCACUGGCCGGGGAGGAUGAGUCACUGGCCGAGGAGGAUGAGUCACUGGCCGGGGAGGAUGAGUCACUGGCCGGAGAGGAUGACUCACUGGCCGGCGGGGAUGAGUCACUGGCCGGCGGGGAUGAGUCACUGGCCGGCGGGGAUGAGUCACUGGCCGGCGGGGAUGAGUCACUGGCCGGCGGGGAUGAGUCACUGGCCGGGGAGGAUGAGUCACUGGCCGGGGAGGAUGAGUCACUGGCCGGCGGAGAUGAGUCACUGGCCGGCGGGGAUGAGUCACUGGCCGGCGGGGAUGAGUCACUGGCCGGCGGGGAUGACUCACUGGCCGGGGAGGAUGAGUCACUGGCCGGGGAGGAUGACUCACUGGCCGGCGGAGAUGACUCACUGGCCGGGGAGGAUGAGUCACUGGCCGGGGGGGAUGACUCACUGGCCGGCGGGGAUGACUCACUGGCCGGGGAGGAUGAGUCACUGGCCGGCGGGGAUGACUCACUGGCCGGGGAGGAUGAGUCACUGGCCGGGGAGGAUGACUCACCGGCCGGCGGGGAUGACUCACUGGCCGGGGAGGAUGAGUCGCUGGCCGGAGGGGAUGACUCACUGGCCGGGGAGGAUGAGUCACUGGCCGGGGAGGAUGACUCACUGGCCGGCGGGGAUGACUCACUGGCCGGGGAGGAUGAGUCACUGGCCGGGGAGGAUGACUCACUGGCCGGCGGGGAUGACUCACUGGCCGGGGAGGAUGAGUCACUGGCCGGCGGGGAUGAGUCACUGGCCGGCGGGGAUGACUCACUGGCCGGGGAGGAUGACUCACUGGCCGGCGGGGAUGAGUCACUGGCCGGAGAGGAUGAGUCACUGGCCGGGGAGGAUGACUCACUGGCCGGCGGGGAUGACUCACUGGCCGGGGAGGAUGAGUCACUGGCCGGCGGGGAUGACUCACUGACCGGGGAGGAUGAGUCACUGGCCGGGGAGGAUGACUCACCGGCCGGCGGGGAUGACUCACUGGCCGGGGAGGAUGAGUCACUGGCCGGAGGGGAUGACUCACUGGCCGGGGAGGAUGAGUCACUGGCCGGGGAGGAUGACUCACUGGCCGGCGGGGAUGACUCACUGGCCGGGGAGGAUGAGUCACUGGCCGGGGAGGAUGACUCACUGGCCGGCGGGGAUGACUCACUGGCCGGGGAGGAUGAGUCACUGGCCGGCGGGGAUGAGUCACUGGCCGGCGGGGAUGACUCACUGGCCGGGGAGGAUGACUCACUGGCCGGCGGGGAUGAGUCACUGGCCGGAGAGGAUGAGUCACUGGCCGGGGAGGAUGACUCACUGGCCGGCGGGGAUGACUCACUGGCCGGGGAGGAUGAGUCACUGGCCGGGGAGGAUGACUCACUGGCCGGCGGGGAUGACUCACUGGCCGGGGAGGAUGAGUCACUGGCCGGGGAGGAUGACUCACUGGCCGGCGGGGAUGAGUCACUGGCCGGCGGGGAUGACUCACUGGCCGGGGAGGAUGACUCACUGGCCGGCGGGGAUGAGUCACUGGCCGGAGAGGAUGAGUCACUGGCCGGGGAGGAUGACUCACUGGCCGGCGGGGAUGACUCACUGGCCGGCGGGGAUGACUCACUGGCCGGGGAGAAUGAGUCACUGGCCGGGGAGGAUGACUCACUGGCCGGCGGGGACGGGGAUGAGUCACUGGCCGGGGAGGAUGAGUCACUGGCCGGCGGGGAUGAGUCACUGGCCGGGGAGGAUGAGUCACUGGCCUGGGAGGAUGAGUCACUGGCCGGCGGGGAUGAGUCACUGGCCGGGGGGGAUGAGUCACUGGCCGGCGGGGAUGAGUCACUGGCCGGCGAGGAUGAGUCACUGGCCGGCGGGGAUGAGUCACUGGCCGGCGGGGCACACACACCAUUCAGAAUAUUCACCCGUAUGUGUAUGUAUGGUGACCCAGCAGGCAUGUAUAUGUAUGGUGACCCAGCAGGUAUGUGUAUGUAUGGUGACCCAGCAGGCAUGUAUAUGUAUGGUGACCCAGCAGGCAUGUAUAUGUAUGGUGACCCAGCAG